GCAUCAUGUUGCAUGCAUGCAUGUUCCAUACAAACACAAACUCAAACUCCUUGACAAUAUAAUAAUUUUCUCACUCAUAUGUCCUAAAAAAAAGUUGAGGCAAUGCUAAAGUGUGUGUGUGUAACAUGAGUGUGUGCAACAUGAGUGUGUGUAACAUGAGUGAGGUGGGGGGGGGUCUGAUGAGAGUGUGUGCAGCAACAAGGUGUGGACUGUUCCCCCCCCCGAGAAGGAAAAUGAGGACGUGUCUCCACAUCUGCUUGGUUCCUGACAUUGAUCCAUCAGCUAUUGAUUAGGUCAUUGAUCGCAUGAUCAGACUGGUUGCCACUGGUUCCUACAAGCGGGGGAGGGGUGGGGGGAUCAAUAGCAGAGGUUCCUGUCCAAUCAGGUUAAUCAUUGGCUCGUUAUCUCACAAACUUAGUACUUGAGCCUGGAGUUUGGAGUCUGCCCUCCCUUCCUCCCUUCCUCCGAUAAAAGCUCCUAGAAGAAGCUGCUUUGCCUCUUCUGAGCCCCUGGGUGCCACACGACACUUUACUGUGGCCCUUCCAUUGUGCAGACACCAUGUGGACUCCUGCUUCCUCCUCUUCUGCUGUCUUCUUCUGGCUUUGUGCAGCCUCCUGUCUUCUCAACACUGGCGGCGCCACGGGACCCCGACUCAACAACAACCAGCUGUACAAAUACAGCUACACCACCCAGCUGCUGGUGACGGGGGCCCGGGGCCCCAAGGAGGGCGGCGUGGGCUCCAAAGUCUCCAGCGAUGUGGACCUCCAUCUCUUGUGGCGAGACCCCCGGGACCCGGACCAGCAGCUGAUCCAGCUCAAGAUGUCCAACGUGAGAGCGGGCCCAGUGUCCCAGCGGGCCCUCAAGAAGAAUGUCCUCCAUGGAGGCAGCAUGGACAGUCUGCUGGGCAAAAGUCGACUGGAAGCGCUGACUAAACCUUUCUAUGUGCACCUGCGCAAUGGAAAGGUCAGGGCCUUUUAUUCCUACUGGGCGGAGCCUGCCGUCAUUAAGAACCUCAAACGAGGGCUGUCCAGCAUGUUGCAAGUGCAGCUCACCACUGGAAAAGUUAUAGAGAACGACGUGUCCGGAAGGUGCACAGUUGGUUACAAGGCAGAAGACAACCAGGUGACAAGAACUAAGUUCCUGCAGUCCUGCAAAACUGCAGAGAGCGGCUUCACCACACACAGUCAGGUUUUGGGUGUGGCCCGGAAGUCGCGCUCCGUCACGGUGUUCACACUGGAAGAAGGUUUCAUCCGCUCGGCCGUGGCUGAAGAAGAACAUUGGCUGAUCGUCAACGCUCACCGCUCCUCAUCAGCCAAGAUUUUGUCCAGGCAAACCUUCACCCUGGUGGGCACAGAGGCCGGACCUCUGGAGGCGGCUGGGGAAGACCCUUCCAUGGUGGUCAAGUCCAUUGAUGCCAAGCUGGCAGCUGUUGGUAUCAUGGCGGAGAAGAUGAAAUCCAAGUGCAAGAAAUGUCCCUCUCUUUUUGAACACUGGAAAGCUGUUCAGAAGAAACUGGAGCCGGAGAGUCUAUCCAAGGCCACGGCCCCUCGCAGCUUCCUGGCUCUCAUCCAGAGCAUCAGAAAAGGAUCCAAAGACGAAAUCCUCAAAGUACUGAAGAGCGCCAGCAAAACCUCUCUUCCUCAAUUGGUGGAUGCUGUCACCUCCUCCCAAACCUCAGCAUCUUUGGAUGCCAUGCUUCAGUUCCUCAACUUCACCGACGCCAAAGGUCUGGUUCUGCAGGAGAGGUUUCUGUACGCCUGCGGAUUUGCCUCGCAUCCCAACGAGCGCAUGCUGCAGGCUCUGCUGGACAUUUCUAAAGGGAAGAUCGGCAGCACGGACAUCAAGGAGUCUGUGGUCAUCAUCAUGGGAGCCCUGGUCCACAAGCUGUGUCAGAAAGGAGGAUGCAACUUGCCGACAGUGGUGCAGGUCAAGAAGAUGAUUCUGGCGGGCCCGGACAGCACACAGGAUGAAGCCCAGGUCCAGAUGUUCCUCCUGGCCCUAAAAAACUCUCUGCUCCCUGAGGCCAUUCCCAUCUUUACCAAAUAUGCUGAGUCGGAAGUGGGGGCGUACAGCACUGUUGCCCUCACCAGUCUGCAGAGAUAUGAUGCCACGCUCAUGACGGACGAGGUGAAGCAAACGGUGAACAGAGUUUACCACCAAAACCGGAGGAUUUAUGAGAAAAACGUGCGAGCUGCCGCCGCCGACGUCAUCCUCAGCAGCAACCCGUCAUACAUAGAGGUGAAAAAUCUCCUCUUGUCCAUCGGUCACCUGCCUCAUGAGAUGAACAAGUACAUGUUGUCCAAGAUCCAGGACAUCCUCCGCUUCCAAAUGCCCGCCAGCAAAGUGCUGAGACAAGCUAUGCAGGAUGUAGUUGCUCACAACUACGACCGCUUUUCAAAAUUCGGGUCAUCGUCUGCAUUCUCAGGAUUCAUGGCAAAAUCUGCCGACGUGACGUCCACAUACAGCCUGGACAUUCUGUACUCGGGCUCGGGGAUCCUGAGAAGAAGCAACAUGAACAUCUACGGUGCCAGUAAAGGAGCCGUGCUCCACGGACUACAGGUGGCCAUCGAAGCACAGGGCUUGGAGUCGCUCAUCGCCGCCACGCCCGAUGAGGGCGAGGGAGACUUAGAGUCUUUCGCCGGGAUGUCAGCGCUGCUGUUCGACGUCCAGCUGAGGCCGGUCACCUUCUUCAAGGGCUACAGCGACCUCAUGUCCAAAAUGUUCUCCAUGAGCGGGGAACCCAUGAAUGUAGUGAAGGGCCUCAUUCUGCUCACCGAUCAUUCUGAGGUCAUUCAGCUGCAGUCUGGUCUGAAGGCAAGUGCGGAGUUCCAAGGCGGGUUAGCCAUCGACAUCUCUGGCGGCAUGGAGAUCAGCCUGUGGUACCGGGAGUCCAAGACCAGCGUCAACAACAGGGGCGCUCUGGUGGUCUCUGGUAACGUUACAGUUGACUUGGACUUCAUGAGCGCCGGUUUGGAGGUCAGCUUUGAAACCGAGGCCGCCCUGGACUUCAUCACUACCGUGCAGUUCUCCGAGUAUCCCUUCCUGGUGUGCAUGCAGAUGGACAAAACCACCUUCCCCGUCCGCGAGCAGGUGAAGAAGCACGAGAGUCUGCCGUCAGGGAAGAGCGUGGUGUCUCGAAGGAGCAGGAAGAUGCUCGUCCCCGGUUCGGAAUUCCCACUUCACCAGGAGAACUCCAACAUGUGCAAGAAGGUUUUUGGCUCCAGCUGGUGAGGAGGUCCAGCAGACUCCCAGGAAGGGAGCCCAGGUUGAUUCCUGCUCUCCAACACCUGUCAUGCAGCUCUGACACUGACACCCAGGUCACUCCCCCCACUAAAGGGCACAAGGUCAGCUUUGGAGUUUUUUUGGCGCUACUCUGGGAAGUAAGAGCGUGGACUGGAGAGUCAGGCUGCCUGGCGGACAAAAGCAACUUGGAAAGCAAAUGUGCGGGACACGGGGAACAAAGUUUACAGUUGGUGAGCGGAAAUGAGCAAAGGAAUGUCAACCAUGGGCUGAAGUGUGACAAUGAAACAGCUGAUUUACAAGCUGAGAAGUCUGAUCUACAAUAAAGUCCUCCCAGGAUGAAAACUCUAUCACUUUAAUAUUGAUUGUAUUCUUUGAUAUGGUGGACAAAUAACCUUUAUGAGGCUUUUAGGACUACUGUACAUCGACCACACUGAUUAGUUCAGAGGAGCGCUUUGCCGUCCUCUAGUGGCCAGUUUUUGUCAGCCAUUCAAAUGUUCAAUUACAUGCACUUUAUACUUACCAGAAGCACCUUAUUGCAGGGAAACUUGCCAAGGGACAUGUAAGCAAAUAUGAACAUUGCUGUAUGUAUACUUUUGAUUGCUCACAUUUUCAUAAAUUCAUUAAAGAAGCAAACUUCA